AUGACUCAACAGUCCCAGGAGGGCUUCGACAGGAGCAUGGAGGAUGCCCUGCAGUGGAUGCAGGCUGUGCAGGAGCGGCUGCAGGUCAAUGACAACACCCAGGGGCCCCGCGCGGCCCUGGAGGCCAGGCUGCGGGAGACCGAGAGAAUCUGCCAGCUGGAGCCCGAGGGGCACCUGAAGGUGGAACUGGCGCUGCGGGCUGCUGAAGCCCUCUUGGCGUGCUGCCAUGAAGAUCAGAAGCUCGAGAUCCUGGCCCGGCUGAGGGACAUCAAGGCCCAGUGGGAGGAAACAGUCACCUACAUGACUCACUGUCACAGCCGCAUCGAGUGGGUGUGGCUGCACUGGAGCGAGUACCUGCUGGCCCGCGACGAGUUCUACCGCUGGUUCCAGAAGAUGACGGUCACACUGGAGCCCCACGUGGAGCUGCAGCUGGGCCUGAAGGAGAAGCAGUGGCAGCUGAGCCAUGCCCACGUGCUGCUGCACAAUGUGGACAACCAGGCCACGCUCCUGGACCGGCUGCUCGAGGAGGCGGCCUCCCUCUUUAACAGGAUUGGGGACCCCAGUGUGGACGAAGAUGCCCAGAAGAGGAUGAAGGCCCAGUAUGACGCGGUGAAGGCCAAAGCCCAGGACCGGGUAGACAUGCUGGAGCAGGUGGCCCGGGAGCAUGAGCAGUACCAGGCAGACGUAGACGAGUUCCAGCUGUGGCUGAAGGCGCUGGUGGAGAAAGUGAAUGGCUGCAUGGGGCGGGACUGCCAGCUGCCCACCACGCACCGCCUCUCUGCGCUGCAGGCUAUAGCCAAAGACUUUCCCAGGGGUAAGGAGUCUUUGAAGAAGCUGGAGGAGCAAUCCGUGGGUGUCAUUCAAAACACCUCUCCUUUGGGUGCGGAGAAGAUCACCAGAGAACUGGAGGAGAUGCAGAAAGUUCUGGAGAAGCUGCAAGUCAUCUGGGAGGAAGAGGAAGGGCGGCUGCGGGGGCUGCUCAAGUCCAAGGGAGCCUGUGAGCAGCAGAUCAGGCAGCUGGAGGCUGAGCUCGGAGAGUUCAGGAAGGUCCUUCAGAGGCUGGCCCAGGAAGGCCUGGAGCCUGCAGCAAAGGCCGAGACCGAGGACGAGCUGGUGGCUCACUGGAGACGCUACUCGGUGGCGCGGGCAGUGCUGGCCUCGGAGGAGCCCCGGGUGGACCGGCUGCAGACCCAGCUGAAGGAGCUCCUUGUCUUUCCCCAUGACCUGCAGCCACUCUCCGACAGUGUUGUCGCUGCCCUCCAGGACUAUCAGAGCAUGAAAGGGAAGAGUACCAGGCUGCGCAAUUCCACAGGCAUGGUGCUGUGGCAGCGUUUCCAGCGGCCUCUGCAGGAUCUGCAGCUGUGGAGGGCCCUGGCCCAGAGGCUACUGGAUGUCACCGCCAGCCUGCCAGACCUUCCCUCCAUUCACACCUUCCUGCCCCAGAUCGAGGCAGCCCUGGCAGAGAGCUCCCGCCUGAAGGAGCAGCUGGCAGUGCUGCAGCUGAAGAAAGACAUGCUGGUUGGCAUCUUUGGCCAGGAGAGAGCCACGGCCCUCCUGGAGCAGAUGGCCAGCUCUGUGAGGGACAGAGACCUGCUGCACAACAGCCUUCUGCAGCGGAAAAGCAAACUGCAGAGCCUGCUUGCUCAGCACAAAGACUUUGGAGCUGCUUUCGAACCCCUGCAGAGGAAGCUUUUGGACCUCCAAGUCAAGGUCCAAGCUGAGAAUGGGCUUCAGCGGGACCUUCCUGGAAAACAAGCCCAGCUCUCGAGGUUGCAGGGGCUGCAGGAGGAGGUGUUGGACCUGGGGGCACAGAUGGAGGCUGCUAAGCCCCUCAUUCAGGGGAAUCCCAACCAUCAGCGCAAAAUGGACCAGCUUUCCUCCGACUACCAGGCCCUGCAGAGGUCUCUGGAGGACCUCGUGGAUGGGUGUCAGCAGUGCGUGCGGGAGCACUGUACCUUCAGCCACCAGCUGCUGGAGCUGCAGCAGUGGAUCACUGUGGCCACGCAGAAACUUGAGUCACUGGGAGGAGACACGGGCCCGUGGGAUGCAGAGUCCCGAGAGGUCGAGGUCGAGAGGCUGGUGGCUGAAUUCCCAGCCAAGGAGGCCCAGCUGCCCCUGAUCGAAGCGCGCAGCCAGCUGGUGAUGGAAAAGUCUUCUCCAGAGGGGGCAGCUGUGGUCCAGGAGGAGCUGCAGGAGCUGCUGAAGUCCUGGAGGGCCCUGAGGCUGCUGGAGGAAAGCCUGCUGAGCCUCAUCAGAAACUGGCAGCUGCAGAGGACAGAAGUGGAUUCAGGAAAGAAAAUGUUUUUCACCAACAACAUCCCGAAGUCUGGGUUUCUCAUCAACGCCACAGAUCCUGUUCCCAGGCAUCGUCUCCAGGCAAAUCUGCUCCAGGAAGAAGAAGGCAACCAGGAAGAUUUCUCCCAGCUCCUGAGGAACUUUGAGCAGUGGUUGCAGGUGGAAAAUUCCAAGCUGGUUAGAAUCAUCUCAGCGAGAACUGGCACAGCCAAGGACUUGAGGACCAGAGGAAUGAAGCUGCAGGAGCUGGAGGCUCGGGUACCAGAAGGUCAGCAUCUCUUCGAGAACCUCCUCCGUCUCAGGCCAGCAAGAGGGACCUCGGAUGAGCUGGAAGAUCUGCGCUACCGGUGGAUGCUGUACAAGUCCAAGCUCAAGGACUCCAGUCACCUGCUGACACAGAGUUCUCCAGGGGAGCUGACUGGAUUCCAGAAGACGGACACUCGGCGGUGGCGAGGACCGCGCUCCCUGUCCCGGAAGGUGUGCUGCGUGGCGCUGCCCCUGCAGCUACUCCUGCUGCUGCUGCUGCUGCUGCUGCUGCUGCUCCCGGUUGGGGAGGAGGAGCGUAGCUGCACCCUGGCCAACAACCUCGCCCGCUCCUUCACGCUCAUGCUGCGCCACCACGGCCCCCCGCCCACCUAGCCCACUGG